UGCUCUUCGGUGCAGAAAACAGGGCUGGGCCAGGGGCCAGCGGGUGUGUGUGACCUGUCCAGGUUAGGAAGCCAUGGGUUUGGCGUUUCUAACGGCAGCUUCACACUGAUCUUCCUAGACAAGAGUUUCCCGCGCCCAGCUGGGCUGCUCUGAAGUCUGGACCCAUGGCCAGAGACGGAGGCAGAGCUGAGGAGCUGGACCAGGAGAAAUACGAUGCCGAUGACAAUGUGAAAAUCAUCUGCCUGGGUGACAGCGCUGUGGGGAAAUCCAAACUCAUGGAGCGGUUCCUCAUGGACGGAUUUCAGCCACAGCAGCUGUCCACCUACGCCCUGACCCUGUACAAGCACACAACCACAGUGGACGGCAAGACCAUCCUCGUGGACUUUUGGGACACAGCAGGCCAGGAGCGGUUCCAGAGCAUGCAUGCCUCCUACUAUCACAAGGCCCACGCCUGUAUCAUGGUGUUUGAUGUGCAGAGGAAGGUCACCUAUAAGAACCUGAGCACCUGGUAUGCCGAGCUGCGGGAGUUCAGGCCAGAGAUCCCGUGCAUCGUAGUGGCCAAUAAGAUUGAUGACACACCAGUAUCCCAUCCUCUCUCUACAGCGGACAUAAAAGUAACCCAGAAAAGCUUCAGUUUUGCAAAGAAAUUCUCUCUCCCCCUGUAUUUUGUCUCAGCUGCUGAUGGCACCAAUGUUGUAAAGCUCUUCAGUGACGCAAUUCGGUUAGCUGUGUCAUAUAAACAGAACUCCCAGGACUUCAUGGAUGAAGUGUUGCAGGAGCUGGAGAAUUUCAAGCUAGAAGAGGAGGAGGAGAAUGUACCAGACCAAGAGCAGAGUGGCAGCAUCGGGAGCCCCUCUCCCUCCUAACAUGGCCUCCAAGGGUUGCAGGGAUGGGGGUCUCUGAGAGAGCCUCUGUCCCGGCCAUCCCCUCCUCCAGCUGCUGUAAGCCCUCCCAUCCUGUUUGCCUCUCCCACAUCUGUGACCCUAACACAGGGUAAGGACAGCACCAGCAGGCUCCAUGUGCCAGGUCUUUGCCCAGUAGUCCUUGGGUGGAGUUGAGUGUCAUGUCAUUAAUAUUUCCCCAGGUGGAAAGCAGGCAGAGGCUGUACAAUUUUUUAAUAAAAGGAAAUUUGGGUGGUUA